AUGCACUUUUCAUUCAAUUUACUCAUAAUUCCGCUGUUGGUACAAAUUUCCUGGAGUCAGUUCAACUCUGAAACAUAUCCCGAUCCACGAAUUGAUCCAUUCCGUUGUAAAAUCCCGACCACUGGGCCAGUAUGUGAUCCAAGUGAAUUACUUACAUUUGACGAGAAAGAAGCACUCGCCAACCGAAUCAAACAGCUCAUGGCGUAUGCAGCAACAGUUCCAAACUCUUCACCGUCAUGUCAUUUAUUUCCCGGAAAAAGUUUGAAUAUUAUGAUUGGAGUAGUGGAUAAAAUUGGUUUACUACCGAAUGCUCCAGUUGAUAUCGAAAAAUUCGCCAAUAAUCUUAAAAUUCGAUAUCAAAGCUAUCAAGAUGUGAAUUUAUGCGAUUUAAUGGUAUUGAUUGUAAAUUCAAACAGUGAUCGACAGGUAUUUACGGUAGCUGGGACGGAUACAAAAUUAACAAAAGAUAUUCUAAAAGCUGCAUUUGAACAGAACAUUAACCAUUUCAGAGCCAGUAAUUAUGCAAUUGGCCUUCAAGGCAUGGCUGAAUUUAUUACCACAUCUUAUCGUAAUGCGCAAUUAUCUCAAUCUAGUACUCCGUUCCCAGCAUUACUACCAAUUCCCAUAUCUCCCAAAGACGAAGUUAGUGAUGUUCGGGAAAUGAUCGCCAAUUUGGAUACAUCGGUUCCAGUUACACUUCCUGCUUUUGACUCCAGAUAUCCCAGACUUGGCAGUGAGAAUGAAAUUGGUGGAGAAAAUCCCAUCGUUCCAAUAGAAGAUAAAAGUGAUCAGCUCUGGAUUGACAUUCUAACACAGGCAGUAGCACGAUGUGGCAAUAAUCGCGAUAAGAUAAUUAAAUAUGCUCAAGCAAUUGUUGAAGAAGCAAUGUCGCUAUCACUACGUCUUAUAUCCGACCAACGUUAUUUGACAAUUGAAGAAAGAACGCAGUCCAUGCAGAAUAAUCCGGAAAGUCGAUCGCGUGUAUGGAGUAAGGCUAAGGAAGAAUUUAUCGAUCAGCUCUACCAGAAAUAUUUAACAAUAAUUAGAAGCAAAGCUAAUUUGAGAUGUCCUGCUGUAUCAGAAGCUGCUCGCACAUUCUCUGUUUUACAUUAA